CAUGGCUUUAGACAUUUUUCGGUGGAAGUUUAGCUCUUGGACAAGUGAUAAAUUAUAGGAAACACUGCUUUAGACCUACUUCAGUGAAACUGUUUAUUUUUUACUUUCAUAUUUUUGUCAUUUACUUUUUAUAUUUUACCUUUCCAUUAUUCUCCAAGUUAAUGGUGGUCUUCAAUCUGGGGCUCCAUCACAAGAUCCCUGGGAUCAGGAGCUAUGCUUCUUUGUUUCUUGUGGGGUGGGGUUCUGUGUAGAUAUUUAGAUUGUGGUUUAGACUGAUAUUUAAUGUAUUGUCUUGUGCCAGAAGCAUCGACACGUAAACAGCUGAAUAUGAAAACAGCAAGGAUCCAGGAGUGAUGUAGACAUAGUCUACAAUCAAUAUACUGUUUUUCAACAUUAUCAUUUCAUUGCUCACCUCUAUGACUUUGUUGAAUAGGUUAGCCAGUUUAAAUUGGUGAGUUUUUACCAGAUGAUAUGAAUAAGUAUAAUCACUAUCUGUAACAAAUCCGUGACAAAGGAGCACUAGUGUUAAGUAUCAUUAAUAAAGAAUUGAUAGCUAUUUUGUAAUUAUACAACUGAACACUUACAGCCUGAUCCAUUGGGUGGUGGUAAUGUAUGGUGCCUUGAUCUUCCAACUGCAUGAGAUUUUUAUAUAAAUCUUGUCCACUAAAAGUGCACAUCAGUCUUCAAUGUAAAUAUCACUUAAGGGUUUUAAUAAUUGACGUAGCUCUCUGCUGGCAUUGCCUUUCGGGACCCCGGGAGCCUCUGCGCUCUCUUCUCCAUUCCAGUUGUAUAGUGGUGUGAUGCCUGCACUCAGUGGACCGCGAUGAUUGGAAUACAGCAAUCGCCUAGCAACUGCUGCGUGAGGGAAGUCUGGCUCCCGCCUCGCGAAUCACAUACGACCCCGCGUUCAGCUUUAAUGCAGCUAGGACAUGAACUGGAGCUGAGACUCAAGCACCGUGCACCUUGGAGAAUAGUCGCCGUACGCUGUCUCGCACUGUCUUCUGAAAUGUUCCUGUGGGCUACAGGUACGAUCCGCAUAUCUGGAGGGUGGUAGAAGGAGUGCGCACAUAUCGGGAUAUGUUAUCCCGUCUGUCAGUUUGCAUGGGGUGCUGAUACCUCUCCACUCCCGGAAAUACCGUCAGUGCAUGGCCGGUCUCCUUGCCCCCCCUUAUGGUGUUAUGGAAAGUGGACCAAGCAGUGACAGAAUGCCAGACAAAGCGAAUAUGAGCAACCUCACCUUAGGUUCUAUGCCAAAAAACCUGAACAAGACCCCUCUCAUUGAAAGUCAGGCCAAACCUCGCCCUAAAUCCGUUCUUCAGGUUCCAUCAGAAAAGAUCCUGAGGGCCGGAAAGGUUUUGCGCAAUGCCAUCUUGUCCAGAGCCCCUCAUAUGAUCCGAGAUAGGAAAUAUCACUUGAAGACAUACAGGCAGUGUUGUGUGGGCACAGAACUGGUGGACUGGCAGAUGCAGCAGAGCCCCUGUGUUCACUCCCGUACCCAGGCUGUGGGCAUGUGGCAGGUGCUGCUGGAGGAGGGCGUGCUCAACCACGUGGACCAGGAGCUGAACUUCCAAGACAAGUACCUGUUCUACCGUUUCCUGGAUGAUGAACGAGAGGAUGCUCCCCCACCCAGCGAGGAGGAAAAGAAGGAGAGUGAGGAGGAGCUGCAGGAUACGCUCCUGCUCCUGUCCCAGAUCGGCCCUGAUGCCCACAUGCGCAUGAUCCUCAGGAAGCAGCCAGGGCAGAGAACAGUGGAUGAUUUAGAAAUUAUAUAUGAAGAGCUUCUUCAUAUAAAGGCUUUAUCUCACCUCUCUACCACUGUAAAGAGGGAGUUAGCUGGCGUGCUGAUAUAUGAGUCCCAUGCAAAAGCCGGAACAGUGUUGUUUAACCAGGGAGAAGAAGGGACAUCAUGGUACAUCAUCCUGAAGGGCUCUGUCAAUGUCGUCAUAUAUGGCAAGGGUGUUGUGUGCACGUUGCAUGAGGGGGAUGACUUUGGGAAACUGGCUCUGGUGAACGAUGCCCCGCGGGCUGCCUCCAUCGUUCUGCGAGAGGACAACUGUCACUUCCUGCGGGUGGACAAGGAGGACUUCAACAGGAUCCUGAGGGAUGUGGAGGCGAACACAGUCCGUUUGAAGGAGCAUGAGCAGGAUGUGCUGGUCCUGGAGAAGAGCACUGCCAACACCCGCAACUCGAGCCAUGGGGCCACACCUUCCCACUUUAAGUACACUGUGAUGUCAGGAACACCAGAGAAGAUCCUAGAACACUUUCUGGAGACUAUGCGACUGGAUUCCCACUUCACAGAGUCAGACCCUGCUCUGGAUGACUUCGUUCUAAUGCGCUGUGUCUUCAUCCCCAAUAGUCAGUUGUGCCCAAUGCUUAUGGCCCACUACCAUGCUCAAGCAUCCCAAGGCUCAGAGCAGGAGAAACUGGACUAUGCCCUGAACAACAAGCGGCGGGUGAUACGCCUGGUGCUGCAGUGGGCCUCCAUCUAUGGAGAUCAUCUCCAGGAGGAGGAUGCCUCACUGGCUUUUCUGGAGGAGUUCUAUGUGUCUGUGUGUGAUGACUCCAGGGUGAUCCCGGCCCUGAAAGAGAUGCUGCCGGAACUGGAGAAGAUCGUCAAACAGAACUCUGAUGAUGCAAAAUCCUCACAAAAAAAGCACAAGGUCCUACUGCGGCAGUUCAGCAUGGGUGAUGAACGGCUUCAGAAACGACAGCCAAUCAAGAGCAAUGAUGAAAUCCUGUUUAAGGUGUACUGCGUAGACCACACCUACACCACUAUCCGAGUACCAGUGGCUGCUUCAGUGAGAGAGGUAAUCAGCGCUGUGGCUGACAAACUGGGGUCAGUGGAGGACCUCCUUCUGGUCAGCCUCAGUUCAGCUGGAGACAAGGUGGUGCUGAAGCCCAAUGACAUUUCAGUCUUUUCCACGCUUAGUAUCAAUGGACGUCUGUUUGCCUGCCCCAGGGACCAGAUGGAUUCACUGACACCACUGCCUGAGCAGGAAGGGCCAUCUCUGGGAACCAUGGGAACUUUUGAGCUGAUGAGUUCUAAAGAUCUGGCCUAUCAGAUGACUGUUUAUGACUGGGAACUCUUCAACUGCGUACAUGAGCAUGAGCUCAUAUACCACACAUUUGGGCGGCAGAACUUCAAGAAAACUACAGCCAACCUGGACCUGUUCCUGAGGAGGUUUAAUGAACUGCAGCUGUGGGUAGUCACAGAAGUGUGUCUUUGUGCCCAACUCAGCAAGCGUGUGCAGCUGCUUAAGAAGUUCAUCAAGAUUGCAGCACACUGCAAGGAAAAUAAGAAUCUGAACUCCUUCUUUGCCAUCAUCAUGGGCAUGGGUAACCCAGCUGUGAGCAGGUUGAGUCAGACCUGGGAGAAACUUCCUAGCAAGUUCAAGAAGUUCUACGGGGAGUUUGAAAGUUUAAUGGACCCAUCCAGGAAUCAUCGGGCAUACCGGCUCACAGUGGCCAAGCUGGACCCACCCAUCAUCCCCUUCAUGCCCCUGCUCAUCAAAGACAUGACUUUCACUCAUGAAGGCAACAAGACAUUCAUAGACAGUUUGGUCAAUUUUGAAAAAAUGAGGAUGAUUGCAAACACAGUGAGGAUAGUGAGAUACUGCCGAAGCCAGCCUUUCAGUCCAGAGGCAUCCCAGGCCAACAAGAAUCACCAUGACGUGCGGAGUUACGUGCGACAGCUGAAUGUGAUUGACAACCAGAGGACCCUUUCGCAGCUCUCCCACAGACUGGAGCCCCGUCGGACCUGAGCCAUUGCCGAUAAACCACACAAUACUACUCAUGCUGCUGCUGUACCUACCAAACAUAACCAAGCUUGAUGUGGAAUUUGUACCAUACUAUAUGAACCCCCAUUCAUGCACCCAGGCUGUUCAGCCCACAGAUAAGCAGAUCUGAGACUGCUCUACACUCCUCAUAGCCAUCUCCCUCUAUAACUCCUUUACUCAAAGGACACAGUGUUUCUCAUGCCCAUUGUCAGUAGCAUUUAGGUCCUUUUUGCCCUUUAUAUUUUUUUUGUUUUUCAUUUUCUCUGCCAAUGUGUCUGUUCCAAUCGCUACUUGCGGUUUUAAAGCAUUUAUUUCUAUCAGAGCUCUUUCCUGCUUAAACCUGUCAAUUUACAGAGGUCUUGCUAGAAUAAAAGAUGAAAGAAAUUAAGAUUGACCCACCCCCCACCCCCACCCCAAACUGGUUAGAAAAGGCUUUUAAAAGUUAACAGACUGAAAGCCAAAUGUGAAGCAUAAAUGUUCUGAACAUUUUUGGGAACUAUGUCAUUCAUGAAGACAGACACUGCCACAGAAGGAAUUAUUUAGUUUCAUUCCAUUAUUUCGCCAUUAGUAUAUAGUGAGGAUACUCUAGGGAUUAUCAGUAAACUUCAAAUAUUAAUAUUAUUUCUGUUAGCCAUUUAAAUGUUCAUAUAAUAGUCUUUGAUUAAUCCUUUGUUUUAUUACUGUAUGCCAUCAUUUUCCCAUCAUAGCAUUCAGCUCUAUUCAUGUGGUUUUGUAAAUCAGUUUAUUGAUACUUUGGUUUGUGUGGCUGUUAUCUUACACAUAUGGUGAAAAUUGCAUUGAUUUAUUUAUUUUGACCUCAGCAUGCACAGAUUAGAGAUAAACACUGAGAGCAGCUCCUUUUCAAUGAGUUUGUGAGGUGUAGUGUCUAUAAACUUUAUAUUUUAUGUUCAUUCUGUAAAUAUGAUAAAUGUAUUAAAUGUAUUUGAAGACUGUU